AUGGAGGUUCAGUCUCUGCGUAUUAAGACUAAUGCCAGAGCUGCAUGCUCCGUCCGCAACGAGGUAUGGCUUGCCCUCCAAAACGGUGGUCUCGGAGUCUACGAUGCCGAAACGCACGAACAUCUUAAAGAUGUACCGAUUGAUAUUGAUGGUUUCAAAAACCCUCGAAUAAAGCUAGUUGCUGCUAUUCUCAAAGAGGUAUGGGCUAUUGCCUCUGAAGGGCAGAUUUUCUCUGUUAACGGGCUAAGCUGCAAGGUUACAAGGAGAUUGCAGGUUUAUGCUAGCAAAAAGAAGGCGGAGGUGAUGGAUAUGUCUUUCAAUGGAUCUUUGGUUAUCCUAGCCUCAGAGGCUGGUUAUGUCCUGACACUCCAUCCGAACACGAUGGAAGUACUAUUUUCAAUCUCCAUAUCGGCUCCCUGCACGGCAGUGGUACAGUUUUCAUCACUGAUUGCGGCAGGUGACUGUAAGGGCGCAUUGUAUUUGUGUGACACACAGACACAAAAGUGUAUACUUGUUCAUACUGAAGGUAAGGAUGACGUUCUCAAACUGUUAUAUGAUACUACGUGCAACAGGCUCUGGGUGGCGCGUCGCAAUGGUAACAUUGACUUGUAUGACUUUGAACCCAGUAACAAAAGACUGUUACUUUAUAAGCGGUUGCUAUCAGUUGGGAUUGUGACCGGCAUGGUGGCAAUGAGUGGGAGGGUAAUAGUGUCGACAUUCGAGAAAAAACUUGUCGUUAUCGAUUCGGGCAACGCACACAUCUUGCACACGUCUAUGGGUAUCCAUAAAAAGUUCAUUCAUGAUGUUGUCAAAGUGAGACACACAGAAAUAGCGGAAGUAUGGAGCCUAGGAAAUGACGGCGCGGUCUGUGUGUGGUUUGUAACUGUUCGUUCUGAGCCGAUAUAUGUGCCACCCCUUAUAGACGACUUACCAGUGUUGGACGUAUCGCCAUGCCCAUCGAUUAACGUUACAGAGGCUAAAAAUGAGCCUUCUAAGGUACCUACAAUAUUUGAGCUGAAUAAGCACUUUGAUAUCUUGGAUAAUCUGCGCCAAGCUCGUGAAGAGGCACAGGAGAUGCGUUUGCGCUCUAUAAGGCUGGAGGAGUUGCUCAAAGUUAAGAAUGACGAGAUCGAAACGAAAUACAAAGAGAUGAAAAACCUGGAGGAUCGUAUAAGUGCACUCACUAAAGAUGUAAUUGAUAUUACAAGCGAAAAGCGAUCUAUGGAGCGUGAACGUGCGAUACUUCAAUCCGAGCUUAAUUUUACAAAGAGCGAAACUUUUAGAGUGAGUGGGGAGGCAGCGAGCCAAAUGUCUAUGAGAAUACGCGCAGAAGAAGAGGUAUCUCAGAAAAAAGUUGAUAUUAUUCACCUAGAGAGGCGUCUCCGUGAUGCAGAGAGUCAAUUGGCUUCUGUGCAGAUAGAAAACACACAAUUACGUAGGUCUGUGGACAUUAGCGUAGUAACUCAACGUCCUGGGAUGGUGACGUUGCUGCCAAUGAUUGAAUCUCAAGCUCUAACAAAACAGGAGCUUGAAAAGGCCCUGAGUCUAAACUACUCACUCAAUUCUGCGUUGAGAUCCAUGGAGUUCACCCUUCGCUGUAAGGAGGAAGAGGAGAAGGAUCUGAACGUGUUGCUUAACGCUUAUCGGCUCAAGGCCGCAGACCGUGUUAGCGAUUCUUGCCUUUCUGCCCUGCUCAUCGCGAGCAUCACGCGGUGUCCAGAGCGGUUCGAGUUAUAUUGUGAUGAUCAGACGUUAUCAGAAUUGCGUGCAUACACCAACCCUUUUAUUAAUUACCUUGUUUCCCUGCGGAAUGGCGAUCCGGAAACGUACCAGGGUCUGGUGAACCACCUUCAUCAGUAUGCCAUUGAUGGAUCCAUAUCACUCCAAACGCAGCAGCAUUUGGAUCGGCUUCUAAUCUUGGCCUUUGAGAAGGGAGACUUGGUCGGUGCCGAUACGUUAGCAGCCUUUAAGAGAGCCAUUUCUUGCCAGACAACUAGGAAUUAUAACGACAACCAUGCGCUUGGUACAUCGCCAACCUCAAAUGAAGCGAGCCCUCCACCUAACAGGACGAGUGACCUAUCUGGAUCCUUUUCAUUAUCAGGCUUGCGGGGAGCGGAACCUGCGCGUAAUUUUGCUGUUCCCAUCUCUACAUCUGUAAGCAAGAGCGUUGCAGGUAUUUCAUCUUCUACCCCAACUCUUGCAGACAAAACCAAUAUCGAUAAGUAUCGUGAGGUGUUUGAAUUCAUUUUGUUUACUAGACGUCCGCUGGUGGAGCAUUUGGUUCACCUGCACCAGUGGACUAUAAAUAUAAGACAGAAGGUCGAAGCACUCUCAUUAGAAGACUUUCUGACCUCAAUUCUUUCCAUUCAGAGUUCGACUUCCACUCAAGUCUCUUCCCAUGUGGAUUUGAUAAAGUCAUUUAAAAACAUCGGACCCAUGAUUACGGAGAUUGAUGAGCUCGUCUCCUUCCUUGUUAGGAGUUACCUCACCGCUGCUGAAAAGCAGCGACUGAGCGUAGGGUAA